AUGCCAUCCGCUUCAGCAUCCGGCGCGGAUACUGGCGGUUCAGCCAGAUCACGCGAACACAACCAGGGGAACCAGGAUCGCAAAUACACUGCGGAGCAGAAGGCAGCCGUGAUUAGGAUACGAAAAUGCUCGAGCACGGCGUACUACGAGAUUCUAGCCUUGGAGAAGUCAGCGUCGGAUGGGGAGAUCAAGAAGGCAUACCGCAAAUUGAGUUUAUUGACACAUCCCGAUAAGAACGGGUAUGAAGGGGCGGAUGAGGCAUUUAAGAUGGUCUCUCGUGCUUUCCAAGUGCUAUCGGACCCGGACAAGAAAUCCAAGUAUGAUAAGUUUGGCGGAGAUCCGGACAGCAGGUUCACACCUAGUGCUGGGCCCUCGGGGGCGUCUCCUUUCGGUGGCUUUGGUGGUGGUGGGUUCCCGCGGUCAGCGGGUGCUGGUGGUCCUAUGUUCGAGGAGGAGAUAUCGCCGGAGGAGCUGUUCAAUCGCUUCUUCAAUGGCGGGUUCGGAGGAGGAGGGUUCGGCCCUUUCGGUACGCUUGCCACACAUCCUUUUUUUCUUGUCUCUCCGAGAGCCCAUGCUUACGGAUGCUAUCUAGGAGGCCCUCAGUUUGUUUUCAACAUGGGUGGAGGUCCAGGUUUCCGGGUACACCAGUUUGGAGGGCCUCGACCGCGACGAAGACCUCGCGAAGCCAGCGCUCAAGCCGAAGCCGCACCGUCUGGCUGGGCAACGUUCCAGUCACUACUCCCUCUUAUCCUUCUAUUCAUGCUUCCUCUGCUCUCCUCUCUUUUCUCUGGCUCGUCGUCUCCUUCCGGUCCUUCCUACAGAUUUGAUGCCGCUGUACCCCCUCACACCAUGCAGCGGACGACACCGAAAUACAGCGUCAAUUAUUUCGUCAAUCCUAGGGACGUGGAAGACUACAGUGCGAAGAAACUUCGCCAGUUGGACACAAAAGUGGAAGUGGACUAUAUAACCAAACUGCGGUACGAAUGCGAGAGCGAAGUACAUGCUCGGGACCGGAUGAUGCAAGAAGCCCAGGGCUGGUUCUUCCCAGAUGUAGAGAAGAUGAAGGAGGCGAGGGCCAUGGAGCUUAAGAGCUGCCGGCGGUUAGAUUCUCUGAAGGGGAGAUAUUAA